AUGUUCAUAAUACAAAGGCCAGUGUGUGAUGGUGGUAGGUCCAUUGUUGUUGCUGCUUCUGACUAUUUCACUUCCUUUUCAUCUCUUCAAGUUCCGUGGGAACGAGUUCCGUGGCAACAUGUACUCAAGGAUAAUAAUAACUGCGCUACUUUGCGAUGCAUGUGGCAAGGAAUUGGAAAACAAUGUAAAUCGCCCAAGCAUACGUGUUGCGCCAACAAAAUCACUAUGAAGCUAUGUAUAUGUAUGCAUACCCUCUCAAGUUUCUGA